AAUAUAUUAUUAUUUUUUUUUUUAUAGAAUACAUCGCACACUUUUGGUGAGAUUUUCCUUUAGUCUCUCUUUCACGAAAUACCGCAUUUUCUCAUUCAUUUUGGACUUGGGCUAGCUAUAAUAUUUUUUUGAGGAUGUCUGUCCAAGUUUCUGGAUGGAACAAAAGCGCAUAUUCCUUUCAAUUUGUGAAUUAGCAGAGUAACUGCAUAAUCCUUAAGAAGAAGUGCUCAUUGCUUCGAUUAUUGUUGUUGUGCAUUUGUUUCAUUAAUGAGAUUCAGGAGUCGUUUAACAUCAUGUUCUGUUUUUAAACUGCAGUGCCACAAUGGGCAUACACUCUGUUCCACGUGUAAAGCAAGGGUUCACAACCGAUGUCCUACUUGUAGACAAGAACUUGGUGAUAUAAGAUGUUUAGUGCUAGAAAAGGUGGCUGAAUCACUUGAAAUUCCUUGCAAGUUUCGCUCCUUAGGAUGCCCUGGAAUCUUCCCUUAUUACAGUAAGUUGAAACACGAGGCAGUUUGUAAUUUUAGGCCUUACAACUGCCCAUAUGCUGGAUCGGAGUGCUCUGUUGCCGGGGAUAUUCAGUACCUGGUUGAUCACUUGAAAGAUGAUCACAAGGUGGACAUGCAUACUGGGAGCACAUUUAAUCACCGCUAUGUUAAAUCAAAUCCUCGGGAUGUAGAGAAUGCCACUUGGAUGCUGACUGUUUUCAAUUGUUUUGGUCAGUAUUUUUGUCUUCAUUUCGAAGCAUUUCAACUGGGCACAGCUCCUGUUUACAUGGCUUUCCUCCGAUUCAUGGGAGAUGAGAUAGAGGCUCGAAACUAUAGUUACAGCUUGGAAGUUGGUGGAAAUGGUCGGAAACUUAUAUGGGAAGGCACCCCCCGGAGCAUCAGGGAUAGUCACAUAGAAGUUCGAGACAGCCAUGAUGGCCUUAUUAUUCAAAGUAACAUGGCACUUUUUUUCUCAGGAGGAGACAAGAAAGAGCUUAAGCUUCGUGUAACAGGACGAAUAUGGAAGGAACAGACAAACCCAGAUGGUGGAGCGUGCAUUCCCAAUCUCCGCAGUUAAGACCGUUCGAGUAUAUCAACAUUCUGGAAAAUGCGUACAUGUCUCUGGUCGAUUUUUUGGAUCAUUUACAAGCUUACCCUUCCGCUUUUGCUUAUAUUGUAAGAUCAACGCCUUGUACCGUGGAAGCUGGUGUCACUUUAUGCUUGUAUCUUUAACUUGCUACCCUUUUACACAAGCGGUCAUCCUCUCGAGCAAUAUGUAGAGGCAGGUUUAUGCUGUAUUCAGUCCUACUAUUUUCUUUAUUUUGAAAGUGUUAAUUAUUCCAAACUUCAAUAUGUAUCAGUGUGUGAUAUUCGUUGCAAACAAAAUCAAAAGUAAAUUCAGCUUC